GGGGCGGGGACAGUGCGGGCGGCCGCUGCAGCAGCGGAGGCGAAUGCGAGGGAGGUAGUGCGCCGCGUCCGGCCCCACCAUGCUGACCGCGCUCGCCCUGCCAGCCCUGCGCGGGCUCCUAGGGCGGCUGCCCGCGGCCUCCGCGCGGCGCCAGGAUUCCUCCGGUUCGUCAGGCUCCUACCACACGGCUCCGGGUUCUCCAGAGCCCCCGGACGUUGGGCCGGACGCGGAGGGCCGGGCGAAUUGGCCCGGAGUGGCCCCUGCGCUGGGGGCGGGCGCGCAGCCUCGCCUGUCCGUCAGCGCCCAGAAUAGCCGCCAGCAGCUCGGGCCCGGCUCGGGUUUCCCGCGAGGCCCGGGCUCGGGCCCGCGGCCACCCCAGCCCCAGCUGCGCAUGCUGCCGUCGGGGGAGAUGGAAGUCAUCUUCGGCGCCGGGCCCCUCUUCAGCCGCUCCGACGCGGCGGAUAGCGAGGUGCAACAGCUCACGGCGCGGGCCUUCCGCAGCCUCUCUCCUCCCGGGUCCACGUCUCUCAACCCCCCUGCACCUCAGCCCCAGGCCCCCGACGGUGGCUCCCGCUGGGCCACCUACCUGGAGCUGCGGCCGAGUCCUGCCACCCCAGCGCAGUUCGAGUGUGUGGAGGUGGCGCUGGAGGAGCAUGCCGCUCCCGCCAGGCCCCGGACAGUGCCCAAGCGGCAGAUCGAGCUGCGCCCGCGGCCCCGGAGUCCCCCGAGAGAGGCCGGCGCGCCACGCCCCCGACUGCUCCUGCGCACCGGCUCCCUGGACGAGUCUCUGGGCCGCCUACAGGCCGCCGCAGGCCUCGUGCAGACGGUGCUGGCCAGAAAACUGAGCCCCACGACCCCUGCCACGAGCAGUGCCACCUUCAGACCCACGGGACGGCUAGAGCCUGCGACCCGAGAAACGGCCCGCAGUACUCGAGUGGUCCUGGAGGAGGCCAGGUCUCGGCCACCUCGCGUGCAGUGUAGUUCAGCCCCCGCCAGGGCCCCACGGCCGUGGCCCAGCCUCCGCGAGCGUGCAAUCCGGCGCGACAAGCCCGCGCCCGGGACCGAGCCGCUGGGUCCGGUUAGUUCCAGCAUCUUCCUGCGGUCAGGGGAGAAGACCCAGGAGGCGCACAACCAAGAACCUGAGACUCAGUUCCCGCGAGAGACUCUGGAUCGAACCGUCCUGAGGGCACAGAGUCCGCCUUUCGAGUCUAGGACCCCCUGGGAAGCUCCGAGUAAGACUGUGAGGCCGAGGAGCCCGUCCCUGCUGUGGCAGGCUCCAAAUGGGACGAUGCGGGGUCCUCACUGCCGGUCUCCCCAGAACCUGUCUCCGUGGAAUCGGGCUAUUCAGAGGGCGAAUAGCCCGUCGUUCCCCGAGGCAUCCUCCGCAUGGGAAAAUCAGGAUCCUGUCCUCAAGGAAACUGUCAGCAGAAGGAGCCCUUCGCCUCCGACCCCGUCCCAGUGGAAUCAGAGUGUUGCCAGGGCAAGAAGCCCAUCUCCCGAAGCUCCUUCCUCGUGGGAGGUUCCGCAUCCGGCAGUCGAGGAUACGGUAGAGGGGAGUAGGAGCCCGUCCCCGCGGGCCUUGUCCUCAUGGGAGGCCCCAGAUCGUCCUAUUGGGACGUGGAGCCCAUCGCCCCAAGAGACUUGGGAUCCCACAGUGCAGGGCUCAUCGGUAGUAUCUACGCAGGAAGCUCUGAACGGCUUAGCCCAAGAAGAACUGGCGCCGCCCACGCCUUCCGCACCCGGGACUCCAGAGCUAACAGAGGCGCAGAGUCCUUCCACGCGGGAGAUGCCACAUCUUGCCAUCCUAGGCAGUCAGGUGUCGCCACAGGUGGCUGCACCCGAGCUACCCCUCAAUCGUCUCGUGGGCACCGUGGAUGCCGAUGCGCGCCCGGAAGCCUUGGGCCCUGGAGAAGCGGCCUCGGGGCGGCCGCGCGUGGCCAUUCCGAGGCCCCGCGACGUGCGCAAGAUAGUGAAGACCACAUACGCGCCAAGCUUUCCGGCAGACACCCCAGGCUCAGGGCCGCCUGCGCCUCCUGCGGACCCCCGCGGGGAGGAGGGCGGCUCAUCCAAGAUGCAAGAGCUCCAGGCGCUGGGGUCCCACGCCCCAGCUCACUACACUUCCGUUUUUCUCAAGGACUUUCUGCCGAUCGUGUCGCACCCCUACGAGCCCCCAGAGCCGUCCCCCGACACUGUCCCCCGGGACGCUUCGCAACCCAACGGAGUCCUGCGGCGGAGAGCAGAGAACAGCACGGCGAAACCCUUCGCGCGCACAGAGAUCCGCCUACCUGGUGCCUUGGCCUUGGGCCGCCGGCCGGAGGGAACCCGGGGAGUCCUGGUGCGCGCUCCUGGUGGAGAGAACCGGGAGGCUGAGGCCCAGCGCCUCGUCCCCGACGGCGAGGGUCGGACCAGCCCUCUAGGCGGCGCUCGCCCCUCACCCCAGCGGUCGCCCAUAGGGCCGGCAGGGGCCCCACCUCCCCGACCACCCCGCCCUAGCUCCCCGCAGGCGCACCCUAGCCCGAGCCCUCGGAUAGCACCCAAACGGGAGACACCCCCUUCGGCCCUCGAGCCCGCGACCGCGGUCCAGGCGCCCUUCCCGCGGGAGCCCCAGGCGUCGGCUAGCAGAACGGCCCCGCCCCAGGCCCGCGCUGCCUCGGCGCCUCCGAUGGACCGGUACUCGGAAGGCCCCUCCCAGGGGGCGCGCAGGCUGCCCGGGGCCGCGCACCCGGGGAAGGUCUUGGUGGACCCCGAGAGCGGCCGCUACUACUUUGUGGAGGCGCCGCGGCAGCCUCGGCUGCGGCUUCUCUUUGACCCCGAGAGUGGGCAGUACGUGGAGGUGCUGCUGCCGCCCUCGCCCCAGGGGCCACCCCGCCGAGUCUACACCCCGCUGGCCCUGGGCCCCGGCCUCUACCCGCCUGCCUAUGGGCCUAUCCCUGGUCUCUCACUGCCGCCAUCCCCGGGCCCACCGGCCUUCAGCGGCCCUCAGCUACCCUGGGCCUCUGAGGUGGGCCCCCUGGACGGGAUGUACUACCUGCCAGUAAGUGGGACCCCUAGCCCCGCACCUCCUCUGCUCCUCUGUGCUCCGCUCUCCAGCUCCGGUCCCGCUCAGCCCGGUAAGGGCUCCUUGUUCCCGGGGUGAGGCCGCAGGGCCUGAUCCCCAUGGUGUUGGGGCCUGUUGAUGGCCUUGGAGGUUCUAGCAUCCUGUCCCCUGCCCUCCUUGCCUUCUAUUACCUCUUUCUUUUACCCAUCCCAUCGGUCUUCAGACCAGCAGUUACCUUCAGACAAUGUAUCUGAGACACCUGGGGCUGAUGGAGCUGGAGCUUGGGAAAUGGCUGCCUGCUUCCUCCCCCAACAAAAUUGUAUACCCCUUUCCCAAGCAUUCCCAUAGUGUGCUGUGUUUUUGUGUGUGUGUAAAAAUGAGGAGUCCUAGGACAUGUCCCCAGGAGCCGACCUGAGGGGGUGUUGGGGUUCUGGAGGAGCAGCAGGAAAUGGGAGCAGCAGGGGACAGGGCUGCCCCCAGAGGUAGUGAGCUGUCUGUCCCUCCCUGAAGGUGGGCCCAGCUGCGGCGGAGCGGACUAGCUGGUGGGAUGGAGGGAGAAGGACUGGGGCUAUCAAAUCCGUUAUUUUUUGGAAGAGGAUCUGAACCUUGGCCUGGGAGGCUGUGGCAGAAAGUGGCUAGUGCAGCCCGCAGGCCAGGCUGGGUCUGAGAAAGGGAGCUGUGGGGACAGCAGGUGGAGAUGGAGUAGGGAAGUAACAUGCAGGGGCUGUGGAGGGUGAGCCCCGGAUUUGGAGUGGGGAUA